AUGAGUUCUGUGAUUGUAUUGGAUUCCUCGGACGAAGAUGAGGUGCCAACAAAAAAAGCGUUUAUUGCUCCAUCAAUUCCAGCCACGAUAACACCCAUAAAGGGAACGGCUACAAAAUGUUCUGCAAAUGUGGCAACAAAUCAACUAAAACAUAAGAAAACAAAACCACGUCCAAUUCCCAGCGGCAUAACAAUCACCCGACGCAGUCCUGUUGAUGUUGGUUCAUCCAAUAUUACUAACAGCAAUUCUGUUGGCCGAAUUACUGUGUCUAAUAUUACUGAGACAGCAGCAAAAAUUUCGGCGGAAACAGUAGCUGCAACCAGUAAAUUAAUUUUGUCAAAGACUGCAGCGACAAGUCUUUUAAAAAUUAAUGCAAAUACUGCAAUAACCAGUUUGAAAGAAAGACAAACACCCACGCCACCAAGGCAUUUAACACAAACGCUAAACAUAAAACAACACCCACAACAACAGCAGGUUGCGAGCAAACAGCAGCAGCAGCAACAACAAUUACCACAUUUAUCACAAUUACCGCAACUACAGCCAUCACCGUCUGUGCUACGUAAGCGCUUAUCGACAGCAUCGUCACCUACCCAACAAUUGCAAAUGCCACCCCAGCAACAACCACAGCCACCAAAGUUGCAGAAAUCAAAACAGCAGCAGCAUAAUCCGCCAAAAUUGCAACUGCAAAAACAACAGCAUACGCUGAAACUUGAUUCACAAGUGCGAAAAAUAAGUACACCACCCGCUACGAUCGGUCCUAGCAACAUUACAACAACUUCCACAUCAAGUACUACGCUGAUGCCAUUAAUCUCGUCCGUGCAAUCGAUGGCAGCUGGCGCAACACCACCGCUUCAAUUGCUAGCCACCCCACCACAUAGUGCGGCUACAACGUUCAGUGACCAUCAGUUGUUCAGCCCAAAAUUGAUGCAUACAACAUGUAGUUUGCCGCCGUCCACAUCGGUUACAGCGGCGCGCACACAAUUGGCCAGCAGCAUUAAUACAAACAUCAACAACAAUACGAACAACAGCAGCAAUACUAGCAAUAAUAAUAAAAAUAUUAAUAAUAACUUUAAAAUUAUGUUACCACCAAAAAAUAGCAAUAACAAUGUUGUUAGUGUAAAUCUAACGGCGACAUCGACAGCUUCGGCAUCCGCAGCUAGUUUAUUAGCCACACCAGUCGCAUUGCAACAAUCAUGUUCCGGACCACGCAUCGCAUAUGUAAAUAGUCUUGCCACACAAAUGAGUCCAACGAUUAACAAAGCAAAUAGCAAUAGUUUGUUAAAUUAUCCACCAAAAGUCAAAACUUCGGCAGCACCUGUAGUUCCAAUAGCAAUCACACCGGCCACGUCGCUAGUAACGUUGGGCAUCACUACAGCUUCAGCCUCAAUUACAACAACACCGGCUUCUACAAAUGCACAAGCAGGAGGUGUUCGUCGUGUUAAGCCGACAACAUUAUUACGUAAAAACGACGAAGCAUGGCUAAAACGCGCCGCUACAACAACCACAGCCGCUAAAAAUUUUAAAGAUGAUGAUUUAGUAUUAGAACUAUUGCCACAUACGAGCAAUACUAAAACGACGUCUGUGGAACCAGUUAAAAAUGCGACAAAGACGCAAUUAUUAAAAACUUCUAAAGCGCCAGAGGCAACAGCAAAAUCCACUUUUAUUAAAUCUACUUUUCCACUGAAAAUAGACUUAACAGAAUCACCUGAAAAGACAAACACUUCGCGUCGCAAUGAAAUUAUUACAAUUUCACCAACAAUAUCACCAACACAAACAAAAUCGUUGAAAAAUAAGUCCAACACUUCAAUUUCCAACGGUGAAGCUAAAAUACAACAACAACCUGCUAAAUGUACAACUCCGAUUGCUAAUGAAAAAAUUGGCAAAACGACUGAAGAGCGACUGCCGCUCACCAGUGAUUAUGAGGAGUUGUUAAAGGUGUGCCGCGAAGCGGACACAUCGGCGGAUAUGGAAAAGCUUGUCAAAACGAAAUUAAUUAAAUAUUAUUAUAACGUACAUCCCGAUUUCGUGCGUUCUAAGGGCUUUGGCAAGAACUUACGUACGGUUAUAACAAAUAUACAAAAAGAACCGGAUUUAGUAUAUUUACACCUAAAGACAAUAGUUGAUGAGCUGAAAGUACGUAGUAAGAAUAAGGAAACAUUACUGCCGGCGUUGAUAAAAGACGAAGAGAAAAGUGAUAGUCCAAGUGGUGAGAAGGAUAAAGAAAAAGACACUGCUGUUGGCGGCGAGGACAAUGGACCACCUGUUGAUGACAUUAGCAGUACUGGCAAUAAACAUACCGAUGAGCAGAUCAAGAAGUUGAAUAAAGCAUUGUAUAUACUAACAAAGCGUAUUGAGGUAUUAGAAUCUGCUGAGGUGGAUUGGGAUGAAGAAGAUUCCAGUUAUCUGCAAGUGGAACGUUUCAAAAAACGCGCAUGUCAGAUAUACGAGAAAAUUUGUGAUCUUACCGGUGAGAGCAAGAAUGCACAUCGUUUGGUAAAAAAGCCCAUACAUUUUAAUGGCACAACGUAUACGCAGUUCAAUAAGACAUUGCAGGCGUACAUAAAUCGCACGAAGGAGUUUCCUGACUAUUUCGACGUGCUUCGUAUGCUCGAGCACUGCAAUCGACAGUAUGAUUAUGCUUUGGCAAAUUUCGAAAUGAAGCGCAUCGCGCACGAUGCCUUCGUAAAGGUUGGAAAGUUGUUGCAGUCGCGUCGUAAAACAGACCUCUAUGAGACCGUAACACAUUUUACAGCACACGAAAAGGAUCCGGCCACCAUUGAUGCGUCGCUGCAAGCAAAACUAUGUGAGAAUCAGAAGAAACGCACACGCAUUAGUGACGUGAUUGAAAAAUAUGCGCGCGAACAAGAUAUGAUCAAGGAGGAAUUAAAGGAAGCACGUCAGGCAAAAGUUGCAAAAGUAACAAAUGAAGAUAAUGCUGAGGAUGACGAUGCGGUUGCUAGUACCAGUGCCAAUGCGGCGAAAAUUGCGGCGUUGCGGAAAAGCAAACACAAAAACGAAAGUGGCGAUAUUGGAAGUAAUAAUGAUAGGAGAAAAGACAACGAUGAUACAUUAGAUACUGACGAAGAAGAUGAUGAUGAUGAUGAAGAUGAGGAGGACGAUGAAGAACAAGUGAAUGGUAGUGAUUUAGAGGCCGAUGUAGAGAAACUAGCUAAUGGUAUAUUGUCAGACGUUGAAUCAGAUAUUGAAAUUGUUAUAAACAGUUCCACAGAAGAAGCGAAAGAAAGAGUUGAGGAAGAUGCUAAAACACCAGUUAACAAAACUUCAACCGAACUUUCAUCAACUGAUAAUUCGGCGAGCACAAAAACGAAAACUGUAGCUAAAACAGAUUUGGUGAACACACAAAAAGCUGUCACAGUUACAAAAACUGAUAAAGAAAGCAGUGCGGCAAUACAAACAAAUUAUACUGUAAAUAACAAUUUGGUGAGACAAAAGACUGCAGAUCCAUUAUCCAACGAUCAACAAAAGGCCACCCUCAAGUCUACUACGGCAGCAAACGACAUUGAUGGCAGACAAACGACGAUAGCCAUAGCAAAUGGGCGUACAAAGCUUGGUGUCACACAAAGCAACGCCAAUAAUCCUACAGCUAUAGCACAAGCAGCAACUAUAAAAAUUGUUUCCGUUUCCAGCUUAAAAAAUGUAAAUAUUAUGGAUAGUGAAGACAGUAGUAUAGAUAGAAUGACGACAAAUCGCACUACGGUGCAGACGAGAAUGCAAACCCCAAAUACAACUGUGAAAGAAAUAAAACGGCAGCGCACAGUGGCAGAAAUAGUAAUUUCCGAUGAGGAAUCGUAGUUAUGGCUGAAAGCGUUGCAACAACUUACCUAAGUUGUCUGCACAAAAGCUACUAAAUAUAUUGUGUGUGUGUAUAUAGAGGGCAUAGUAGCAUAGCUAUUGUUUAACAUUAAGGUGAAAUUAAUUUAUUUAAUUUGCAAACCAAAUAGUUUACAGCGCUACUCUCAUGUAGAAAUCUAACUUAGCCGAUUUGUACAAUAAUGUAAAAUUUUUAAGAACAACUUAACUAAACAUAACUCCAAAAACUUGCUAUCUUAAUUAAUUCAACUUUUAUUAAUUCAUUUGAAUAUGUACUUUUGCCAUACCUUGCAACUCGAAUUGCUUUUUUGUGCGAAAGUAGCUAAAUAUCUCUUUCGGAGCCCUAUACUUAUACAUAUAUGUAGGUUGUAAAUAGACUUUAGGAUCACACAUAUACAUACAUACGUAUACUUUUGUUAAACAAUUUUUUUUAUAAAGAAAUCGUGACAUAUUUAUUUACUUGAAUUAAUUAAGCUGUUUUCGUGAUAGGCCUGAGCAAAAAAAUAUAUUUUUGCGGAAUUCAAACGUACUCAAUUUUGCAUUUGGUAUUUCCAUUAUACUUUUUCAUAGCAAUAUAGUACCGAUCAUGUGCGGUGUGGUUAUGUAAAAGAUAUACCCUGUGGUAACACUUUGCUAGUUGACAUUUGACACAUCCAUCUUUAUAUUGCGCGUAGGCACUAAAAAAUUAAAUUUGGCAAUUAUGCACAUUCUAUUAUAACAAUAACAAAA